AUGGGACAGGGGCACCGGGCAGCACGGGGCGACGGCGGGCAGGCCCAGUGGGCACCGGGCACCGCAGCGCGGGCCGCACGGAGGUAUGGGGACAUGGUUCCAAACACCAUCGCAGGGAAGAUCUUCGGUUCCAUUUGCUCUCUUAGUGGCGUCCUGGUGAUCGCGCUGCCGGUGCCCGUCAUUGUGUCCAACUUCAGCCGGAUCUACCACCAGAACCAGAGAGCAGACAAGAUGAGAGCACAGCAGAAAGUGCGUUUGGCUCGCAUCCGCAUGGCGAAGAAAGGAACAACCAACGCCUUCCUCCAAUACAAAGAGGACCGAGCUAUCGGGGACCGGGACAGCGACUGCACGGCUCUGUGUGUGAAGAACCGGUCGGCGUUCGAGCACCAACACCACCACCUGCUGCACUGUCUGGAGAAGACGACGAACCACGAGUUCACAGAUGAGAUAACCUACAGCGAGGUGUGUAUGACCGAGUCGGUGGGCUUUAGGACCAGUCGCAGCACUUCCCUGUCCAGCCAGCAGGGCGGGCAGAACAACUCCACCGGCUGCUGCCCCCGCCGAGCCAGGAGGAGAGCCGCGAUGCGACUGGCCAACUCCACGGUGUCCGUAAGCCGGGGCAGCGUCCAGGAGCUGGACACCCUGCACAUCAAAACCACCUCCAUACCACCGCAAACUCGUUCCAGUCUGAACGCCCAGGCCGGCGACCUGAAGCUGAACUGCGGGGAGCAAGACUUCACCGCCGCCAUCAUCAGCAUCCCCACCCCGCCCGCCAACACACCGGACGAGAGCCUCCCCCCGUCUCCCGCCCCCAUCCCGGGCAUCCUGCGCAACACCCGGGCCACCGCUUUCACCCACGAGACCGUCAAAAUCUCCUCCUUAUAACCUCUGACCUCACCUCCAUCCCGACCCCCAACCCUCGCCACUCCCCCCCCCCCCGAUCCUGGACCUGGGGCACUGCUUGCUGAGACCAACGACCACUUUGAUGGAGUUCUGCGGGUUCCUUCUACUUCCUCAUGAGUUUGUGACGUGGUCAGGAAGCGGGUUUCUGAGGAGGAAAGAAUGAGCAGACAUGAACCGACAGGAAGCUGGAAGGCUGAUGUUAGAGAGAAACUUCUGUUCCCCUGAGAAUUUCAACCCUCCCUCUACUGACCCCCUCCUGCACAGUUCAACCUUUUAGAUGCACAAACUGCAGCAGGUUGAUCCUGGAAGAUCUCCAGAACAGAAACAACUUGGUUUUGAUUCUUUCUUCUUUCCUUAAUGCUUAGAAAACAAAAGCAGGGAGAUGCCGGCCU